AUGAAAUUUCCAAACUGAGAAGCAAGUUCUUGCAAGAGCCAAUCCCAGCAUUACAUACCUCGUAUGGAAAUAUACGCCUGCACCUUGCAUAGAGAUACUGAAUACUCAUAUUUUAAUCACAACUCUAUCCCUCUUGAAAGUCCUGAAUCGACUAAAUUACUUCUCAAAGUUAUCGAACAAUGCAGGAAAGACUUACUAAUAUCCCCACAGAUGUUCGGCUACCUCGGCCCUGAGUCUGAAUACAGUGCUCUGAACUCGACUCUUGUAGAAGGCAGAGAACACAUUAUUAAUGAGCUACAGAGAGCUAUAGAAAAUCAUGAUUUUCCUGCUUUUUAUUAUAUCUCCAAAGAAGCCAAGCAACUAAAAGAUCUUCUGAUGAACGAUCAAAUAUUCAUGAAGCAUUCUGCAGCCAAGGGCUGGAAAGAUUCUUAUGCUGUACUUGAAGGUUCUGGUAAGGAGAGUGCUGAGUUCAUUAAAGUUGAACUAAAGGAGAAGUAUGAUAAAUUACUUAAAGCAACUUCAGCUGGAUUACGACAACAAAGACAUCGGAUCUUGGAGCAAACAGAACAAGAGAAAUUAAUCUGAGAUGGAGAAGUGAAGGAAGUUAAAAACAAAUUGACCAAAAAGAAACAAAAAAUCAGACAGCUUAAGAAGGAUCUUGAAGAAAAGACGAAUAAAAUUAAUCAACUCGAAGAUAAACUCGAAGAAAAUGAAAAGUCAAUAAAGAAACUUAAAGGAAGAAAAAAUAAAUAUAAAGAUACAAUAUCUGAACGAGAAGCUCAAUGUGAGCUAGAGCUAAAAGAGUGCAAAAACUCAUACAAACAAAAACUUGAACAGUGCAAAGAGAGGCAUGAACAAGAAAUAAAAACCUGAAAGAAGGAUCAUAAGGCAAAAAUAAAAGAUCUAAAGAAACAUAUCCAAAAAGACCUGGAGACUACAGAACAAAACUACAUAGAGGAAACUAAAAGACUCCAACAUAAUUGAGACGUUCUGGAAGAAGAAAGCAAGGCAAAGGAUGCUAGGAUGUCUGACCUUAUCCAAGAAUAUAAAGUAGCGGUGACUAAAUUAAGAUAUGCUCGAGGUGAAAAGGAGUUUAUAAAAUGCAUGUUUGAGCGACAAAUUAAACAAUACUCGAUCCGAGAGCUAAACUUUCUCAGCUCACAAGUAAAUCGCCAAAAAUUUGCUUCUUCUCAGUAUAAUGUAGUACCAAAAGUUGAUUUGAAGCUUGAAGAUUCUCAACUAAGUCUAGCACUUAAAAACAAGAGGCAUUGGUAUUUAUUCAAGCAAUUGAAUAAAAGAUUGCCAAACCUUAUCAGACUUGACAUUGACUCGAUAUUGUCACCUCAAAUAGGCCAAGUUCAUAAUUUUCUAAUAAAAUUUUUCCCAAAGGAGGUAGAUAAGUUCUAUUUUCAUCACAAUUCUGAGCUCAUUCCUGUUGAUGAGUUUUCAAAUGGAUUAGUAAUGAUAAGUGAAAAAGUAACUAAAGAGCUGAAUAUCUAUAACUUUGAAAUCAGCGAAGACUAUCUCAUCAGACUUUUGUAUCUUAAUAGAAUGAAAGAGGAACUAGGAUUCAUAGAUUGCAAGCUAAGCCUCACAGAUAUCUUGCAGAUUGAUAAUAUUUUAAACGAAUGUAAAAUUUCACAGCUGUAUCUUGCAGGCUGUGGGAAUGCUAGCCUUGGAGAUUGGGCUAAUAACUUAUCAGAAUUCGAAAAUUUUGUCUCAUGGAUUUCCAAGAGUGCAGCAUUUAAGAAGAGCUUGAAGAAAAUCUGUAUGCGCGAUUGAGGUCUCUCUAACGAUGAAAUUGAAGAUAUUUUCCAAAAGUAUGGAUUCACAAAAGUGUUUAUUUCCCUCGACUGGUAAGCACCAAGCAUUAGUCAUUUCAGAGUAUCAGAAGUAUGUUUCUCCAACAAAGUCUACAUACUUAAUGGCAAAAUGUUAAUGAUUAAAAUCAUUAAGUAAUCUGCUUAUAAGCUAGGGUU